CUUGAAAUGGCGGGAAUGGCCAGAGCGGGGCUUCAGCGGAAGCAGAGCUCGAGGAGCUUGGCGCAGUGAUGUCUACCUCCGAGCCUGAUUACUUUUACCUCCCACUGCGGGAUGCCAAGAAGUCGCUAAACAUGAGGAUAAAUCUGAUGGCAAAGGUCUCCAAGAUCGGGACGGUUCGAAAAUCCAGAGGCUCCGAUUACGUUCUUGUGCUAAAGCUUGUUGACCGAUAUGAAUCAUCUCCUGGCCUUUCUGUGAAUCUUUUUGCUGAUAAACUGGACAAACUGCCACAAGCAAGGUCUACUGGAGAUAUAAUCUCCCUCCACCAUGUAGAGAUGAAACUUAAUAAUGGAGAGUUCUUUUGCACUUUUAAUGGAAAAUCAUCUUCAUUUGCCUUAUUUGAUGGUGAAGCUUCUAUGGACUUGUCUCCCUACCAGACUUCCAUUAAUUAUCAAGCUGCAGAUAAUGACAAAAAGAUUUUAAUGCAAUUGAGGGGAACUUCAGAAAAUAAACCUGAACAAGCCUUAGUAGAGCCAAUGCCAACGUUGUUCUGCAAUCUAAAAGCGGAAGAAAAUCUCACUGUUGUAUGCAAGGUCUUUCAUGUGAGUGAAACUUCUGAUGGGGAUCUAGUAUUGUUUGUUUGGGAUGCAACAGACUCUCCUCUUGUAACUCUGCAGAUAGCUUUAGACAUGGAUGGGCAAAAGCAAACUUGUUUGCAUCCCGAAGUGUCUCUUUUGUCAAGAGAGACUUUGUGUGCAUUCCCAAAGGUUGGAUCAAUCAUAAGACUAAUUGUUAGCAAAGACUUUGAAGAAAUAUCUCAGCUAAAAGGUAGUGGUUAUUGGGUUAAGUUUUGCAAUGUUGUUUUUGAGCUACAAUCAGGUCUAUGGAGAGGUGCUCUUACUCCUAACAGCUAUAUUAAAAAAUUGUCCGAUGAAGAUAACCACGUACAAUGCCGUCAAAGGAUUUUUAAUGGUCGUAAUUCAUCUAAAGUGGAUGCCUUACCUUUGUCAGUCUUUCCUUGGCCAUCCAAUGUAACAGAAACAGACUUGGCUUAUUCUUCAUAUUCAACUUUGAUGGAAUCUCUUGCUUAUCCAGAGAUAAUGCAUAAGUUUACAAGUAUUGUACGUGUGGUGACGUCAUAUCCCUGGCAAGCAAAGGACCUUCGUAGUCCUGCAACUGGGAACUAUCGGGUUAGACUAACGAUUGAAGAUCCUACUGCAAGAAUUCAUGCUUACAUUUUUGGAGAAGACGGGGAGAAAUUUUUUGAUGGUUAUCCAUCGAUUGGUGUGUUAUCUGAAAAAAUGAAGAAAUUGCUCGGUAUAAAGGGCAGUCCAGCUCUAAGGAAUCCACCAUGGAUAUGGUGCUGCUUAAUGUCAUAUUACCUUGAUGAAAAAGAUCCAUGGGGAAGUAGAAGAUACAGAAUUUUUGGAACUACGUUAAUAGGAUGAAGACUGUCUUCAAUCCAAUGUUAAUGUUACCAGCCUUCUGUUGCUCAGCAGAGGGCUUUUAUGUUGCAACUUUUGUUGAUUUCUAAAACUAGUGU